CCCACUGUGGUUCUGGCUGAUGGCUCGGGUGUGGCCAGUGGAAAAUGUGUGGCACGGCAGUCGGUGCUCAAGUAACAAAGCAGGCGUUAAGGCAUAAUGGAACCGGCCAGAGCCGUGCGCGCCGGCUCUGGUUGGGAGUCCCCUCUUGCUACGUUAUGCGGCGGGAUUCGAGUCUUGGGCCGCCUGUGCAUUUUCCACUGCCACUCCUUGCACCACAAGGCACAGCCAUGGGGGGUGCUGUUUCCCAAGGGGAGUGUGUUGCACGCUGCUCUCAGUGCUGGGAGGGGGGGUAGGUGGGGAGGUGGGGGUUGGGAGGCAAACCUGCUUGGAGCUGGUGCAAAGGAGGGCGUCUGCAAACACCAACGUAAGUUGGGUGGGGGCUAGAGGGAACGGAGGGGCUGAAACCCCCGGGUUUAAGCUGUGAGUGGCAACGAAGGGCGUCUGCAAACUACAAUGUAAGUUGAGUGAGCGGUAGAGGAGAAGGGGGGCUGAAACCCCCCUGGGUAAGUUGAGUGAAGGGCAACGGAGGGCGACUGCAAACUCCAAUGUAAGUUGAGUGAGCGGGAGAGGAGAGGGGGGGACUGAAACCCCCCUGGGUAAGUUGAGUGCAGGGCAACGGAGGGUGACUGCAAACUCCAAUGUAAGUUGAGUGAGCGGUAGAGGAGAGGGGGGGACUGAAACCCCCCUGGGUAAGUUGAGUGAAGGGCAACGGAGGGCGCUUGCAAACUCCAAUGUAAGUUGAAGGGGGGUGUUUCAACCCGAAGGUUCAUCACUGCUCCUCUCAUGACUUGCCCUCGUGCUCCCUCGAAGGUUUCACCUCCCCCUGUCCUGCAAUGUUGGAAAAAAAACCUCCGGCGAGCGUUUUGCGUUUUAACGCUUGCAUUCAAAUGCCAAACGCUCGAAAGCGCACAAACGCGGGUAGCCUGUCGAAAAUAGGUUCACUACAUCACAAUCCUCCAUCCUCCAUCCUCCAUCCUCCAUCCUCACACCCCAACUGUAAGUUGAGUGGGAAGGGUGGGCUUUAGACUUCAACUCACACCUCGACUGUAAGUUUAGUGGGAAGGGUGGGCUUCAGACUUCAACUCACACCCCGACUGUAAGUUAGUGGGAAGGGUGGGCUUCAGACUUCAACUCACACCCCGACUGUAUGUUGAGUGGGAAGGGUGGGCUUCAGACUUCAACUCACACCCCGACUGUAAGUUGAGUGGGAAGGGUGGGCUUCAGAUUUCAACUCACACCCCAACUGUAAGUUGAGUGGAAGGCUGGGCCUCAGACUUACAGCAGCAGCAGCAGGGUUUACCCUGGCAAGGCUCCGCCGCCUGCCCGGAUCUUUUCUGGAGCUGCCCCAGCUGAGGGAAAUUGAUGUUUGGAAGUGUGAGCAGCUGGCUCGGCUGCCACCAUCUCUCCACAACAUGCCGAUGCUGCGGUGGUGCCGGCACCCUUAUAAUCCAAAUGAAGUGGGCCAGGUGGGCAGGUUAUCGUAGGGGCGAGGAGGGCAGGAGCAGCAGAAAUAGAGAUGAACAGUUGGGGGAGGAAGAUUCGGAGGAAGAGUGGCAGGAGGAAGAGUGGCGGGAAGAGUGGGAGGCAGGCCUCUGGAUAUAAGGGUAAACUCCCCUGAGGAGCCUUAUCAUAAGGGUGGGUUGGGCUUGGACCCUUCUUUUAUGAAGUGGUUGUUUCUUAGACUCUAAUGAGAAAGAGGACCAAGUUAUAGGACCAUGUUUCCUUGGGUGUUGCCACCCUGAUGCAGAAGUGUGUUGUGUAGAUCCACCCUCACACAACCCAUGCUGAAGAGUCACUUCACGACCCAAGAGACAUUCUGUAGUCAUCUUAAAACGCAUUUUCAUGUUGUGCAGUCCCAUCAUAUACCCUCAGCUAUUAUUGGCACACCACACCACACAUGAUGCCUUAUAGUGCUGAGGUAAACUAUAUCGAGGAAAGUGGGACGUGAGGAGGUUCAGCAAACCUCCCCUUUGCCUUCGAACAGCCAUCACGUUCGGUUGUCACGAGGGCUUGGCAGCUGGGGAUCAGGCCGCCCACAUUUCCCACCGCCAUUGACCAUUCGUUGCUCAUCGGCCUUCGAGCUGUUCGCGACUCGUCAAGUCAACCCAAACCGACGAGAGUCGAGAUUGAGCGCGCUUCGGAGGCGAAAUUGAGGCCGCAGUUGAAAAGGAGGGGGGCAGAUUUUUUAGACAUCGAGAUUCGAAAACAGGUGUCUUUCCCUACUGCCUGCCCUCUCUGGUAAUAUCAUACUUCUUCCCUACUGAGACCAGUCAUUCUGCCAACUGAUCUUCUCAACCAUGGCAGGCGUGCUCAAGCCAACGGCGCUUUUCUUCGUUCUCGGUGUCAUUCUUGCUGUUGCGCAGCCGGGAGGCAUGGGACCGGGAGCUGGGGGCCCAGGCGGCCCUGGAGGGCGUGGCGGCUGUCCUUUGAAUCUGACGGUGGUGGGAAAUCUCACAGGCCACGUUUCCGCCCCCCUUGCCAACUGCUCCUCCUCCGCGUCCCCCUCGGCGCCUGGUGCGUUCUUCAUGGACAUUUUUAAGAACGCGUCGGGCCACUACAACCUGUUUUUUGGCGCGCUGCUGCUCGACGUUUCCGGCGCGUCGCCCGACUCGCUCGUCAUCGUGCAGGGCGCGCCCUGCGACUCCUCUACCGCCCAGCUUCUGUCUCUGCAGGCCAGCGCUGAGAAGUGGGUGGGACACUCGGGGUGGUGGCUGCUGCGUGCCGAGGCCCACCUGCAGGGCUUUGUUGAGGACGCGGAUGCCACUGCAGUGGAGGCCAUUCUCACCGGCGUGCCCAACGCCACGCUGCCUGACCCCCCUGCCAACUCCACCAUGCCCUUCCCUCCCGUUGGCGGCAUUGGGCAGUUCCCUCCUAAUGGGAGAUUCAAUGGGACUUUUGCACCCAACGGCACCAUCAACGGCAGCUUCCCCUUUCCUCCUCAUAUGGGCCCUCCCUCGAAUGGCACCUUCAACGGCACCCUGCCUCCUGCCUUCAAUAGAACGGUCAAUGGCUCCUUCCCCCCUCCCCUCAACGGCUCCUUCCCCCCUCCUCUCAACGGCUCCCUCCCCCCUCCUCCCAACGGCACUAGCAUCGCAGCACCAGGCAGCCUUCCUGCGCCUGGCGCUCUCGCGCCCAUGAUGGGCAGGAGGCUGCUGGGGCUGUUUUGGCCCGACAGCAGAGGCCAGGAGGAGACGGUGUCUGCUAGCAAGGCUGCUUCUGGCGAGGACGACGGGCAGGACACCGACAUGUUCUCCUCCCUGGCAAAGGCAACUGCCGCACUCUUCUCGGGCAGCAGCGAUGGCACCUCCCCUGCCACUGUGACGGCUGAGGCAGCUGCAGCAGCGGUGUCAGCAGCAGUUAACGCCUCUGGGCUGGCAGUGCUGGCGGUGAACAGUGACUCGGGCACGCAGUGGGGCGGCAAUCUGGUGGGCUUCCUGGGUGGCCCAGGAGGACCUAUGGGGGCCAUGGGGGCUGUGGGGCAGCCUUAGGGGAGCAGUGGCCAGGCCAGCAUGGUGCUUGAUGGUAAGGUAGGAACAUGGCUGUGAUGAUGUCAGCAUGGGCGGACUGGCAUCAGACAUCGUGCUCUCAUCAGCAGCUUCUGUGCAUGUGUGUGCUUGCCAUGGCAGAGAGAAGUUCAAAGCGUAGUUUUUGCCGUUCCUUUUGUUGCCAAUAACUUUUUCUGCAACAUAUUUUAUUCCAAAAUU